UUUCAAUUCUUCUUUUAUAUUUUUUCCUUUAAUUUCCAUUUUCUUUUCUUGUUUGCUGCAUGAGUCAUCAUCUCCUUUUUUCUGCUCACUGGUUGACAGGCCGGCCUAAGGUGGGGGGAAGGGGGGGGACUACCCCAAAUCACGGACUUACAUUUUUGAAACCCUGUAUUGUUCUUUUAUAUCUUUUCUUCAUUUUCUCCAGUCCCCCUCCCUUGUUUUGCAAAACUUUCUUAUUGUAUAAAAUCUCCAAUAGAUGACAUAAGUAAUAGUUAUGUUUCGAUCAUAACAAUUUCUUUUAAAGUAAACAAUUCUAAACCUGUCACUAAUCCCAGCAAAACGAGCUAGACGCGGAAUUAACUCUUCUUACAUUUACUGACUCAACACUUAAUGAAAGCAAUUGUUUAUGUUUUUGUAACGGGAGGCGAGAUAUUGGUUUUGACCCCAAAGUCACCAUAAGGAUGGAUGAGGAAGGGAGCAGUGUAAGGGUUGCUGUAAGGAUUCGUCCUCAGCUCUCAAGAGAGAUAAUAGAUGCAUGUAAGAUCUGCACUUACAAAACCCCUGGGGAACCGCAGGCAUGGAUUGGAUCGGACAAAUCGUUUACAUACGAUUUCGUCUUCGAUACGGACUCGAGGCAGGAAGAGGUUUACGAUGAAACUGUCAAGGAUCUGAUUGAGGGGUGCUUCGAAGGAUACAACGCAACUGUCUUAGCUUAUGGUCAGACCGGCAGCGGUAAAACGUUCACAAUGGGAACUGGAUUCGAGCUGGAUAGUCAACCUGGACAACUAGGGAUUAUACCCAGAGCUGUCAGACACUUGUUCGAUGGGAUCAGCCAGAGACAAGAAGAAGCAAGAGAGAAUGGUAUGACUCCUCCAGAAUUUAAGGUUUCCUUGCAGUUUAUGGAAUUAUACAAUGAAGAAAUAUUGGAUUUGUUUGAUGCUACAACUAGUAAAGCUAAGAAAUCUGGUAUUCGGAUACACGAGGAUUCUAAUGGAACUAUUUACACACUAGGUAUGACGAGUAAAAAUGUGAAAAGUGAAGAGGAAACUUUAAACUGUCUUAGAUCCGGGGCUUUCAACAGAACAACUGCGUCAACAAACAUGAAUGAUCAGUCCUCAAGAUCACAUGCUAUAUUCACUCUGUAUAUUCAACAACAACGUCAAUCCAGAACUGAUCUGCAUCUGGGAGAUGAUGAUGCUGAGGUUAUGCCGUCCAAUGAAGAUGUUGAGCAUUUAUCCGCAAAAUUCCACUUCGUCGACUUAGCUGGUUCUGAGAGAUUAAAGAGAACUGGGGCUACAGGGGACAGAGCUAAAGAAGGAAUAUCUAUUAAUUGUGGACUUCUAGCGCUUGGUAACGUAAUUUCUGCCCUGGGUGAUACGAAUAGGAAGGCAAGCCAUGUUCCGUACAGAGACUCCAAACUUACCAGGCUACUGCAGGACUCGUUGGGAGGAAACAGUAGAACUCUAAUGAUAGCGUGUGUUAGCCCGAGUGACAGAGACUUUAUGGAGACCCUUAAUACACUGAAGUACGCCAACAGAGCAAGGAACAUAAAAAACAAGGUCACAGCAAACCAGGAUAAAACCUCGAGGACAAUUAUUCAGCUACGGAUGGAAAUACAGAAUUUACAAUUGGAACUCAUGGAGUACAAACAAGGGAAGAGAGUGGUUGGCGAAGAUGGUGGCGUGGAUGGUUUGAAUGAUAUGUAUCACGAGAAUAAACUUCUCAGCAAAGAAACUCAGAAUUUGAGAACAAGGAUAAAAGCAAUGCAGGAAACUAUUGAUCACCUGACGAGUAAGAAUGCUCAACUCCUGGCAGAAAAGGAGGCAGGAAACUGGUUAGGAGCAGGUGACGCUAAGGAUGAUAUAACUGGAAUGAUCUCUAAGUACAUGUCUGAGAUAGAAGAUUUAAGGACUAAACUCUGCCAGUCUGAGAAUCUGUGUGAACAGCUCAGAAAAGAAAACAGCAAGGUGAAAAGGUUGUCUAAUGGAUUUAACAAUUCCUUUAAUACUCCCUGGUUAAAUGAUUCUACUACAGAGGAAUCUGGAUACUCAGUCAAGGAGUUGAUAAAUAUAGCAAAGAAUGAGUUGGAACAAAAACGAGAGAAGGUUAGAAAAUCCUCAAAGAUAAAAGAGGAGGAAAAGGAAGGAACAUCUCUACUUGAAAAGGGUAAGGUUGACCCUGAGAAGGAUGUAGAUGAAUCUAUUAUUGAAGAAGAUGAAGGUGAAGGAGAACAUGCUGAUGAUGAAGAUGAUGAUUCAGAUACUGAUACUGAAACAGAUGUCAAGACCAACCAACUUGAUGAAGAGCUCGUAGAACUUACAUCAGAGAUUUCUCUCAAACAAAAACUUAUUGAAGAACUCGAAAACUCUCAGAAGAGAAUGGAAGUUAUGAAACAUCAAUAUGAGUCAAAACUUCAGGAGCUGCAGAAGCGUAUCAUGAGCACCCAGGAGGAGAGGGACAAGGUGCUCAAGAACCUUGCAGGAACCAGGGGUUCUCCUCCUACACAACAAAUAUCUAAGAUCAAGGUUGAAUAUCAGGAUAAGAUUGAUAAAAUGCAGAACGAGCUCAAGAAACUUCAGGCUGCUCAGAAGGAGCACGCUAAGCUGCUCAAGUCCCAGGGUCAGUACGAGAAGCAGCUCGUCAAGUUAAAAUCAGAUGUUAUGGAUAUGAAGAGGGCUAAGGUUCGAUUAGUUCAACAGAUGAAAGAAGAAACUAAUAGACAUAGGGACGCUGAGGGACGAAAGAACCGUGAGUUAGCCCAGCUCAAGAAAGAAUCAAGGAGACAUGAAUCCUUGAUUAAAAACCUAGAAACAGAGAAAAGAAUCAAGGAAACUAUUCUGAAAAGGAAGCAGGAGGAAGUAAUGAAUCUCCGAAAGACAGCUAGGCGUGCCUCUACCAUGGCACGGAAGAAUGAGAAGUUUAGCAGUAAAACAGCUAAACUCAAGUGGACUGAUAUAGAGAAGAAUAUAACUAAGGUUGCCUUGAACAAGCAGGCUGUCUCCCAGAUGGAGAAUGAUAUGGAUCGAUGGCUCCAAGAAAGGGAAAAACUAUCACAUAGACUUGAGAAAUUAUCUCAGAAGAGAAGACGACUUCUUUUAGAAAAGGGAGACAGUAGCUUAGUGAUGGACCUGGACGACCAGAUGGAGAGCGUGAAGGCGAACAUCAACUACCUCCAUGACAAUAUACUCGAGUGUCAGCAGAAUAUUCUUCAGAUGGAGCAAGCUGCAGGUCAAGAAGAGGAGGAUGAUGAGGAUGAAAUGAAGAAGAUUCUGGAUGUGUCAGAGCUAAAGGCUGAAGAAGCAAAGUACCUGCUGGAGAAACUGUUAUCUAUGACGGUCAACCAGACCUGUUUAGCUACACAGAAGGAAGGAAGGAUUAGAGAACUGGAUAAUCAGAUUCAACAGGCACACCGUCAGAAUGCAAUGCAUCAACAGCUUCUACAGCAUAUGAUAGAACAACAAGAUCUAGAAAUAUAUGAUCUUAUGCUACAGAAUGAGGAGGAUGAUACCUCAGCUAGUGAUGAUGAGGAGAGUAGACCUGUGCUCCAUCUUCCCUUGGUAGCUUCUGUAAAGCUUGAUGAUGAUACUGGAACAGGUUCAGAUUCAUCUUUGGGUCGACGAGAGAAAGCUAGACGCCGGAACCUGAACAAAGACGACCUGUUGUUUAAUGACCUGGAUAUGCCCGGGGGUAUGAGUGAAUCCUUGAUGCUUCCUCCCAAGGUUGUAUCCAGACUGCCAAAAUCUGUGAGCGCCCUAAACGGAGGUCACCAGGUUCCAUUUUCCCGGAGUUUAAGCUUUACUCGGGCUCCAACUAAUCCUAUGGUUAGAAGUUAUAGCUUUACAAAGAAUCCUGGUCCUGAGAGCUUGAUGACGAUGUCGAUGGAUCAGGCAACACUAAGCCGGUUAGCUCCUGUAUUCCAACCUAGCCCAGUUCUCACUAGACGAUCUUUAGAUAGACCCAGUAUCCGGAAAUACAACUCUGCUCUUCGUUUGGAUGAAUCCCCUCCGGGUUCCCCUUCUGCUUAUAGGCGGUCGAACUCAAGGGAGGAGUCCUCAGGGAAAAAUGUUUUCUCCCGACUUAUUGCAGGGACUAAUAUUGGAGAGAAACAAAGUCACAGUAAAGGGAAUAUAAACCCCUACCAGGGUAGGAUUGGAGGGAAGAGUCCUCUUAUCUGUACUCAUGUUGCUGAAGGACAUAAUAGACCUGUGCUUUCUGUGUUUGCUACAGAUGAGCUUCUGUUCAGUGCUUCUAAAGAUCAAACUGUCAAGGUGUGGGAUCUAUGUAGAGGAGAGGAGGUCCAAAGCCUGGAGGGACAUCCUAACAAUGUUGUUUGUGUCAAGUAUAGUGAACCUCAGAGGAUUGUAUACACAGUUUCAUCAGCUUUUAUUAAGGUUUGGGAUCUGAGAAUGAAACCGUCCGCUUGCAUCAAAACAUUAAGUUCCUCAGGAUUAACAACCAACGGUCCUGUAGUUUUAAACAAUGGCAGCUCUUCCUCUAGGAGUCUAGCUAUGCCUCCUGGAGAGACAGCUAUCAAUGAUAUCUGUUUAACUCCGUCAGGAUACGGUCUCUUCUCAGCAGCUGCAGAUAAGGUUCGUAUCUGGGAUCUCCGUAAGUUCCACUCUAUCGGUAAACUGUCCGGGGGGCACCAGGCAGCCAUUAUGUGCCUUGCUAUUGGUCCCACCAGGGACCUUGACAACAACUACGUCAUCACUGGAUCUAAGGACCAUUAUAUCAAGAUAUUUGAAGUUCCUGAAGGGAAAGGAGGAGUAAUCCCUCCUAAGAUGAACUUGAAUCCCCCGCACUAUGAUGGGAUCCAAUGCAUGACGGUGUUAGGAGAUACUUUGUUCUCAGCAUCACGUGACACGUGUAUAAAGAAGUGGAAUCUACGAAGUCAAGAAUUAGUAAAAUCAUUAAAUAAUGCUCAUAAAGAUUGGAUCUGUGGUCUCUCCUUCCUACCAGGAGAGAAUGUAGUUAUAUCCGGAUGUCGAGGUGGAAGUAUUAAACUCUGGAAUACGGAUACAUGUGCUCUAGUUGGAGAGAUGAAAGCUCACAACUCUUCCAUCAACACCAUCACAACCAACUCAUCACAUAUAUUUACUGCUUCCAAUGACGGGCAUAUAGGUACAGUACAAGUAGUUCUAUAAAUAAUGUUUGUCAAA